AUGCAGACCCUAAAACUGAAAUGGGAAGAGAUAUUCCACCUCCAUAUCAUUGGUAGAACAUCACACGAGGAAGGAAGGAUUCAACAUAAGGAGCUCAUCACCAAAUACCAAGAAGUAUUCAAGGAGGAGAUGGGACUACUGGAGGGUGCAACAGCAUCGAUAGCAAUGAGACCAGAUACCGCACCCCGGUUUUUCAAGCCUCGACCUGUACCAUAUGCGUACAAAGAGCUAGUCGAACAGGAGUUGAGACGGUUGGAACGAGACGAAAUUAUAGAAGCCGUUCGAUUAUCGGAUUGGGCUGCUCCAGUAGUACCGGUUCCAAAAAAGGACGGUUCAAUCAGGAUAUGCGGUGACUUUAGGUUGACGAUUAACCAGGCUGCCCCUUGUGAGAAAUACCCAUUGCCAAAGAUCAAUGAUAUAUUUGCCUCUUUAGCUGGAGGUCAGUUGUUCACCAAGUUAGAUCUGAGCCAAGCGUAUCAGCAGGUGGCACUUGAUGAGACGUCGCAGAAUUACGUAGUCAUAAAUACUCACUUGGGGUUGUUCAAGUACAAACGCCUACCUUUUGGGGUGGCCUCGGAUCCAGCCAUUUUUCAAAGGGUAAUGGACAUUCUCCUUCAGGACAUCCCCAUGACAGUGGUCUAUUUAGACGAUAUUCUAGUGACAGGACGUUGUCUGGAGGAACACUUGCAGAACCUAGAAAUGGUACUACAACGCCUAGCCAACUCGGGAUUGCGACUAAAGCUGGCUAAAUGCGCGGUUUUACAGAAAGAAAUCAGUUAUUUAGGCCAUACUAUCAACAGCCAGGGGCUAGCACCAGACAAGAAGAAAGGAAUGGCGAUUCAAGCUGCACCUGAACCCAAAAUGUUACGGAAUAACGAUCCUUCUUGGGUAUAA